GCGGUGACCGCGACCAUGGCGGCCGCCCCGCCGCUGCGGGACCGCCUGAGCUUCCUGCACCGGCUGCCGCUGCUUCUCCGGGGGACGUCGGACGACGCCGUGCCGUGCCCGGGCUACCUGUUCGAGGAGAUCGCCAAAAUCUCGCACGAGUCCCUGGGCAGCAGCCAGUGCCUGCUGGAGUACCUGCUGAGCCGGCUGCACAGCUCCUCCGGCCGUGUGAAGCUCAAGGUGCUGAAGAUCCUGCUCUACCUGUGCGGCCACGGCUCCUCCUCCUUCCUGCUCAUCCUCAGGCGCAACUCGGCCUUCAUCCAGGAAGCCACAGGUGUGGCCCAGGCCCGGGGACGUGACGCGUGCCGGGCAGUCUUCGCGGGGCCCCCGGAUCCUCUGCACGGGAACAGCUUGUACCAGAAGGUGCGGGCGGCUGCCCAGGACCUGGGGAGCGCCCUGUUCUCAGACGCCGCCUUGCCCCUGGCCUCCUCGCAGCCUCCCAGGGCCCUCCCCGCGGCAGGCAUGGGUUCCCAGUCCAGGCCUCACGGUGCCCUGCAGGGCUUUGGCUACAGCAAGGAGCAGGGCCGCGCAGGUUCAGCGGGCGAAGCCUUCCUGUGCACCGUGCAGAAGGCCGCCGAGGCGGUGGCCAGUGCCGUGUGCUCCGGGCCCGAGAACCCCGAGACCCAGAGGCCCCUGCCCCGGGGUGACGCCUACCAGCCUGCCGUGAUGCCGUCCGCCAGCCACAGUCACCCAGCCCCCGGGAACUGUGGGGCCGUCCUGGGUGCCCGAGCCACGAGACACCAGCCCGGGCAGGCCGGAGGGGGCUGGGACGAGCCGGACAGCAGCCCCGGCUCCCAGGCUUCUUCCCGGAGCAGCGGCCUGAGCCGGGCCUCCGACUCGGGCAGUCGGUCGGGCAGCGAUGGCCACUCGGGGGCUGGCCGGGAACUGAGGGACCUGGCGGAGAGGGCUGAGGCCGUGGCCCCCAGCGACUGCCAGCAGGAGCUGAGCCUGGUGAGGAGGGUGACUCGGGGGCCCCGGCCCUUCCUGGGCCCCGAGGAGGUGCAGCACUUCCUGAGAGAGUGCGGGCUGCUCAACUGUGAAGCUGUGCUGGAGCUGCUGCUGAGCCUCCUGCCGGGGGCCAGCGAGAGCGAGCAGACGAGGGCGCUGAGCGCCAUCGCCGCCCUGGGCCACGCCGACCUGCUUCCCCCAGAGCUCAUCCUCACCCUCACGCGGUCUCAGCUGCAGGAGCUCAGCGCAGGCAGCCCCGGGCCUGUGACCAACAAGGCCACCAAGAUCCUGAGGCACUUCGAAGCUUCCUGUGGACAGCGGCCCCCUGCCCAGGGGCUCCCCGCCGACCGCGGCCCCGCCGCUGCCCUGCAGAGCCCAGCCGACCUGCUGACCGAGGCUGUGCCGCCCACCGGGGGCCGGGGAUUUCUUCAGCCCCUGAGUUCCGCUCUGGUGGUGCCCAGGAGUCCGGUGCCCACCCCAGCCCCCGGGGACCCCAGCGAGGCGGAGACCGGACCGCGAGGUUGCGGCAGGCAGGGGGCGGGGCCGGAGCAGGGCCUGUGGGGUGCAGACGGCCCGCAGAGCCACGAUUCCCUGUUUGCUGGCAUGGAGCUGGUGGCCCAGCCCUCGCCCAGGCCUGCCACAGAGGCGCCCCACACAGCCCACCUGGCCGCUCGAUCCCCCCGGACCUUGGCACAGAAGGCGGCAGCCACGGGGCCUCCCGGCUUGGGGCCCUCGGCUUUUGCUUUCUUAAACGUGUGACUGCUCGGACCGCCCCCCCCCCGUGGGGGUCCCCUCUGCCCCUGGCCCAGCCCAGGAGCGGCUCCCCUCUGGGUCUGCUGGCCGGGUUCCUCGUGCGCGCUCUGGCCCUUCCCCCGCCCUCCGAGGCCCUGGUGUGGGCAGCCCCAGGCAGGGAGGGCAUCAGCGGUCACCUGGCUGCCCCAGGAGGCGGCUCCCCCAGCCCUGCGCCUGCCCCCGGGACAGGGCCGCACCGGGCCGGGCGCAGCCACCCACCACCCGAGGCAUCUGCAGGCCGGUGCUUCCUGGCAGCCCUGGGCCCGAGAGGAGGACCCAGGGCCACGUUCCUCCCCAGGCCGGGCCAGAGGCCGCCACGGCAGUGGACAGACGGGUCCGGGCCUCAGAAACACUGCCGGGGUCCCGGCGGCAGCCUCGCUACCUUGUCCUCAGGCGAGGUUCCCGGUGUGGGUUUGGAGCAGCUCCCUGGGUUUCCUCGUCUGGUUUCAGCCCCCACUGCCCGUCCGUCAGGGAGCGGGCGAGGCCUGGGGGGCUGCCUGACGGUUGCGCUGCCGAAUAAGCCCUGGGCGCCCGGCCCUGGUCUCCACUUCCUGCUCCGUGUGUGGUUCCUGCAGACACGCUCCAGCGGCCGUCCGCUCACUGCCCCAGCCGUGGCCCGGCAGCGUCUGGUAUUUGACAGGGAUACAGGGUGAGGAGAGACGGAGGUCAGCCUUCCCCGGCUGGUUCACUCCCCAGUGGCUGCAGCGGCCGGAGCUGGACCGACCGGAAGCCAGGAGCUGCUUCUGGGCCUCACGUGGUGUCGGGUCCCCAAGGACUUGGGCCGUCCUGCACUGCUUCCCCAGGCUCCGCAGGGAGCGGGAUUGGAAGAGGAGCAGCCGGGCUCGAGCCGGCGCCCAUGUCAGAUGCCGCAGCACCGGGCCCUUGCUCUUUUCAAUGAACCGAUUUGCCUUGGUCUGUGUGUGUGUGUGUGUGCAGUGCAGCAGUUCUGCCCCAUUUCUGUUUCCCUUCACUCGGGCUCAUCCUUCCGUUUCUCGACGCCACGGUUGCUGGCGCCUCUCGUUUCUGACGCGGUCGCCUCUGGGCGCCACCUGGGCUGCGACUUCAGUUGUCAUUACAAAGAUGUCCUGGCCUGUGCCAGCGGGUCUCACAGAAGCGGGUUGUCUGUUAGCACUGCGCUACGCAGACACAGCAGGGAGGGGGUCACGUGACUGCCUCGCUGCCCACAUCCCAUGGGCGCCGGCUCCAGCCCUGGCUGCCCCGCUUCCGAUCCAGCUCCCCGCGGUGCUCCUGGGAGAGCAACAGGAGGCUCAGGUGCUUGGGCCCCUGCGCCCACCUGGGACACCCAGAUGGAGCUCCUGGCUCCCCACGUCAGCCUGACCCAGCCCCAGCCGUUGUGGCUAUCUGGGGAGGGAACCAGCAGGUGGAGACCUCUCUCUGUCACUCUGCCUUCCAAGUAAAUAGGUAAAUAAAAUCGUAAGAACAGAGCAAGGCCCUGACAACGGCAGGAGGUGCCGGGAGCUGGAGUUGGUGCUGGUGGGAGGGUUCUUACCAGGGCUCCCGGGGAGGGGCCCGCUCAGGGGCCGCCCCCUGCCCCCCACAGGGGACAUAUCCCGGGCCACCAGGGGUGGGGCACCUGGGGCUGUCGCUCUAGAGUGGUGGCACAGUAGCCCCCUUGUGCCCCCUCCCCGACGGCAGAGCCAGGAGGCCCGUGGUGGGGGCAGGUGGGGCCUCCUGGGCCCCAUCCCGCCCGGUGCUGAGAACCUAGCCUGUGGGGUGUGGGGUGGGCUCCGGGGAGCCAGUGGGUGGGACAGCUGUCUGUCAAGGAAACAAACAUCGAAAGCAAGUUAAAACUCAGGACUUGGAUUUCUUGGGUCUCUGGUUUCUGUUUUCAAACUCGGACCACAGGUAACCCAAGCCGCAGGAGCUGGAGCCCUGGGCUGGGGGCCCGGCAUCCGUUCUGAAUCAUUAGAAACGGGUUUGUUUAGCGCGGGGAGGGGCAGCUGGGGGUUAGCGGACCCAGGGCGGAUCUCCUCUCCCUGUCGCUCUCUGCCUUUCAGUUAAAUUUUAAAAAUAAUUUAAAAAGCAGAGGAAGGAAUGGCCGUCGUGCCAGAGGCGGGGAAGGAGGGCCCAGGCGGGGCCCAGA